AUGUCUCCCAUUCCUACUCGUCUUUUUCCUGCUCUACCAAACCGAGAACCUGUUCGACUUGCAUCUUUACCUGGUGCUCCGCACCCAGUCACAUUCGGAGAAGUCUCGAGCACUUCCGUCACGCUAAUUAACAGGUUCAAAGCAGCUAUCACCUGUUGCGAUCGAUUCAGACGACUUGGCUGCAUUUUCGGGGAAUCCAGCAGCGCUGAUCCGUCCAGACGACGAGCCUUGGGAGAUUCUAGAUCAAGUUUUAAAUCGGCUUGUCGGUUACGGAGCAACACCAGAGGGUAUUUCGACUAUCAUUCGACGAGGUCGACUUGGGAUGGAUGGGAUGUACGACUGGGUAAAGGCCGGCUCAUUGAAGCUAUGGAGCUCAUAUUAGCUUCCCCCGAGAUAUUCGAAAUCGAAGAUGAUACACGUACUACCAGGCGCGAAAUCACCAAGCCUAAGGUUCCGUGUCCUGGAUACGAGCUCAAACUCCCCAACUCUCAAUCGCCUUUCGCCCGUUAUCCAUUUCUCCUUGAUACGACGAAGGACUUCCCAUGGAAAGUCACUUCUAUGCGAUGCACCGGCCACGGUCAAUCCAGCAAGAAAGGCAAGGAGGUCAAUCCGAUCCCUUACAGCGCCCAUGAAAACACACCUUGGGCAUAUCUUACCCCUGCCGAGAUGUAUGCGCUGCUCUUGAAGAAGGCUGGCCAGAUCAAUAACCUUAAACUUCGUUCGCUCAAUAAUGCAGCUACCAUUGCAGUGCGAAAUCGCCACCUGGACGGUUGGAAACGACUUGCUGCUGCCUUAGGACGAGAGGACAUCUUAACUGCUUCCUCAACGCAGCUCUCGACCUUUUUUGGGUUUGGCGUACCGCUGAAGAGCAACCUUGGCUCGAUUUCUGUCUGCAAGCCCAGCAAGCCCAACGAAAGGCAAAUUCUUCCCGUAUUUCAUGACGAGAAGAGAUCCAUGCCAUUCAUGAUCGAAAUCGAUAUCUUGCAAAGCCCGGUUGCGUGGAAGACCUUCACCAGUUUGAGUCACAACAAGGUACUUGUGUCUAACUCCCAUGUUGUCGGCAACUGCGACACGUGGGUAACGCGAAAGGUAUCUUUGGGUGCCGUACGGUGGACUGGCAUGGCUAAGAAGUGCGUCGAGUGGCGGAGGAAGUGGAUAGAGAUGAAGAAAGAAGAUUUACCGUUGAGGAGGCUGCACGUGAUGGCGUAUGCGACAAAGAGCAGUCACCAGUCAAUCUUCUCGUGGUAUUGUUUCACGACAUCUCAGGCACCGGCAGACCCGAGAGAGUUCAAUGGAAUGGGCUUCAUAUUUCAUGAGACGAUCGGAGGAACAGCCCCGCCACGCGGAGCGCCUGUAAAGUUCGUUUUUGGAGUUGGAAGAGAGGUGAAGGGAGGACGAAGAACAAGGCCGCCAGAGACCAAGGCCACUAUCAAGGUGAAGGCCGUAGUCACUACUACUAUGGCCUGGAUUGUGCGACAGAGGGGUUGGAUGAGGCGGAAUGAUUGGUCCAACGCUGUCAGUAGUGGUCUUAUCGGGCGCCAUGAUCUAAAAAUGUGCCGACAGCCGUCCGAUCACGUCAACGCUGGAUAUGUUCAAGGUUUCGCACUCGAGCUCGACGCAAACAUCUACAGUGGAUCCACUGCCCUCCCGAUUGGUCCCACGACGAAGUCGCAUCACCUCUUGGACUGUGCUUUCGAGCAAUUCGAACAGAAAAUGCUUACAUGGACCUACAUCGCUUUUUCCACACCAGAUGGCAACGAUGCAGACAAUGAUACCGAGGCACGCUCUUCACUCGAGUGUGCACGUCCUCCUCCUCUUCCCCUUCCUUCUUCUUUCAAGACAGAAGCAAUGUUCCACGUUCGUUGUACAUUCGAGAACAAAGGCGCUAUACACGACGAUUCGGAGGCAAGUGUUCCACUUUUUUUCAAGGACUACCUCACAACGUUACCUCAAUGA